AUGGCCAUGUUAUCCUCGGUACCAACCAGGCUGAUCGCCCGAAGGUCGCGCAGUCUCUCCCCGUGCAGCCGUGUGCUUCAGACCAGCGCACACGGAGCCUCAUGUCAGGACUCCCGGGGCAGUCCUGUCCACACCAACCGGAACCCAGUGGUGUCCACGUCCCGCGUGUCCCGCAGGGGGAUCCUUUCGGAGGACAGCUCGGGCAACGUUAACCCCUCCAUGCAGUAUCACCAUCUGGCCCCCAGGUGGCUCUCUCAGCUGCAGAACCGCCGCAGUUCAUGGGCGGCCCUGGCCAGCAGAGGGCGCAACAACAACCAGUACUGGGAGGAGAGCGGUCAUGGUCGAGGAGAGGGCCAUGGCUCAGAGGGCCCCGGGGUCAGGGCCAGGGGUCUGGCCUCUACUGGGCUGCUGUCUGCUGCGGCUGUAGCCUUCUGCCUCAAGAAAGACUCUGAUAAUAAAGGUGAUGCUCUGCUGGAAGCGGCACGGACCAAUAACAGUGAAGAUGUUGAGAGACUUUUAAAGGAGGGAGUGGACCCGAACCAUCGCCACCGUCUUGGCUGGACUCCUCUCAUGGUGGCGGCCAUGAACCGGCAGCACAGCGUGGUGAAAGUCCUGCUCGAGGCGGGUGCCGACCCAAAUGCCGGAGACCACUUUAACAACGUCUACGACACCUCCCGGGAGAAAGGCAUCCACUCAUUGGAAGUUUUGGUUUCCAGGGAGGAUGAGUUCAGCAGCAGACUCAGCAGCAGGGCAGGGUUCCGUGGUUCCACAGCGCUGCACUAUGCUACACUGGCUGAUGACCCCGGCUCCGUGCAGAUGCUGUUGGAGGCUGGUGCCAACCCGCUGCAGACCAACGGACUGGGACACACACCACGGACGUACGCCAAAGAAGGAGACGUGGGCACACUUCUGCACGAGUGGGAGGGCAAGUUCCAGGAGGCGCAGGCUCGACGGGAGGCAGAGGAGCGCAGGAGGUUCCCCCUGGAGAAGAGGCUGAAGGAACACAUCAUCGGGCAGGAGGGGGCCAUUAAUACUGUGGCCUCAGCCAUCAGGAGGAAGGAAAAUGGCUGGUACGAUGAAGAGCACCCCCUCGUAUUCCUCUUCCUCGGCUCGUCAGGAAUCGGCAAAACCGAAUUGGCCAAACAGGUUGCCAGAUACAUGCACAAAGACAUCAAGAAGGGCUUCAUUCGUAUGGAUAUGUCAGAGUUCCAGGAAAAACACGAGGUGGCAAAAUUCAUCGGCUCUCCUCCGGGUUACGUGGGUCAUGAAGAAGGGGGUCAGCUGACUAAGCUGCUGAAGGCCUGUCCCAACGCCGUGGUUCUGUUUGAUGAAGUGGACAAAGCUCACCCUGAUGUCCUCACCAUCAUGCUGCAGCUCUUUGAUGAAGGCCGCCUCACGGACGGGAAAGGGAAGACCAUCGAAUGCAAAGAUGCCGUUUUUAUUAUGACUUCCAAUGUCGCGAGUGACGAGAUCGCCCAGCACGGUCUGCAGCUCCGCCGAGAAGCCGAAGAGGUCAGCCGCAGGAGACUGGUGGACAGCCUGGAUGACGUGCAAAAAGGUGACGAGAUCCAAAUAUCCCGGCAGUUCAAAGACUCAGUGAUUCGACCGAUUCUUAAGGGUCAUUUUCGACGGGAUGAGUUUCUGGGCAGGAUCAAUGAAAUAGUCUACUUCCUCCCGUUCUGUCACUCGGAGCUCCUGCAGCUUGUGGGUAAAGAGCUCAACUUCUGGGCAAAGAAGGCGAAACAGCGCCAUGACAUCACCCUCCAGUGGGAGCGCCCAGUUCUUGAUUUGUUGGUGGGAGGAUACAACUUGCACUACGGAGCACGCUCUAUCAAACACGAGGUAGAGCGGCGCGUGGUGAAUCAGUUAGCAGCUGCCUAUGAGCAGGAGCUGCUGCCCAAAGGUUGCACUCUGCGUCUGUCGGUCCAAAGCGAGGGCCAAGAGGAGCACAGCCCUCCCAGUCUGCGGCUGGAGGUGGUGGGGAAGGACAGCUCCGCCCGGACCCUAGACAUCCGCCCUCCUCUCAGCCCCGAUCACUAA